AUGUAUGCUCCUCCACCAUCCGUUCCUGCUCGUCGUAAUCGAGGAUCUGGCUUAGCUGCCAGCAGUCCUAUUUUGGCUAUAUGUUGCCUUGGAUUUAUUCUUUUUAUGAUUGCUGCAACGAUUGUUCUUGCAUUGAUACCUGUGUAUCUAUCAAAAAGAAGUGGUGGCACACCAAGGACAACUACUCCAACUUAUCUUUUGACUAUGAAUUCUCGAACAGUGGCAUUACCUGAAGGCAAUUUGGAUUCUCCAUCACUGGCCGACGUUGGCGUUUCAGUGGACAAAGCGUUAAAUUUACCAUCUGGUUCAACUCAAGUUAAGCAAGGUGCAGUUGAAGCAACAAAUGGUAAACGUAAACGAAGACAAUCCCGAGCUUUACGUAAUAAACGUGGUUUUGAUGGUACCACAGUCCUCUGUACACUUGUUUUUAAUGUAUUAAAAUGUAAUCAAUGUGGUAACAUGGGAUUCCUUGAGAGCAUUAAAUCUUUCACAGUUACAGAUGAAAUUAACAUCAACGGUGUACCGUACACCGAUACAUUUGAUGCUAGUAUAGACUUAAUAGAUCAUAGUUUUGGUCCAGUUGAUUACGACGAUUCUGACAGUUUUGAACUAAAUCUGCCUCUUAACACCAGCAUACCUGUUGGCCCCCUAGAUAAAAAGUCAUAUCCUAACCUUGAAGCCGUCAUAUCAAAGAAGAUGAAUUUACAGCCUAAUGCAGUUGUUGUUGAUAGUGCAACGGUUAUGAGUAAAAGUACAGGUACAGGAGGCAAGAGACGUAGACGACGUGGAUUCGGUAAUAUGCGUGAACGUCGUCAAGUUAUAUUAUUCCUCGUUAUUAUUUUCCAUUUUGAUGACUUACUUGCUCCCGAAUGUAGUACUCCUGACUUCGAUCUACUUUUCGAAACUACAUUAAUCACCUUCAUCAAUAUCGAGAUUUUUGAAGAUGGUUUUGCGUUCUUUUUUACAUCUACUGCUUAUCCGUUUGACUUAACUCACGAAACUACAACAACACCGAUUGCUGCAGCUACUGCUAAACUUACCGGUUAA